AAUAAAUAGAAGUAUCUUAGAGAGAGACAGAGAAAGAGCGAGAGGGAAAGAAAAGCUUUAGGGUUUCAAAAAAACUGAGACUCUUUAAAAUGGGCGUCAUGAUCAAUCACCAUUUGCUCGCUAUCAUCUUCGGCAUCUUAGGAAACGCAAUAUCCUUCUGUGUAUUCCUUGCUCCAUUGCCAACGUUUUACAGAAUAUACAAGAAUAAGUCUACGGAAAGUUUCCAGUCACUACCGUACCAAGUGUCGCUAUUUAGCUGCAUGCUAUGGCUCUAUUACGCAUUGAUCAAGCAAGACGCCUUUCUCCUAAUUACCAUCAACUCCUUUGGCUGUGUCGUGGAGACUAUCUACAUUGCCUUGUUUUUCGCUUAUGCCACCAGGGAAAAAAGGAUGGCAGCUAUGAAGUUGUUCUUCACGAUAAACGUUGCCUUCUUCUCGUUGAUCCUAAUGGUUACACAUUUUGCGGUUAAAAACCCUAGCCUCCAAGUCUCUGUCAUUGGUUGGAUUUGUGUUGCCAUUUCUGUUUCUGUUUUCGCUGCCCCUCUAACGAUCGUGGCCAGUGUGAUAAAGACAAAGAGUGUGGAAUUCAUGCCUUUCACCCUCUCGUUCUUCCUCACCAUAAGCGCCGUUAUGUGGUUUGCUUAUGGCGCAUUCCUCCACGACAUAUGCAUAGCUAUUCCAAAUGUAUUGGGAUUCAUACUAGGGAUGCUACAAAUGGUUUUGUAUGGAGUAUACAAAAACUCAGGGGUGAAAAUUGAUGAUGAGAAAAAGAUAAAUUCAUCAGACCAACAACUUAAGAUUAUUGUCGUGAUGAGUCCAUUAGGUGUGUCCGAAGUACACCCGGUUGACAUCGCGGUAAAGCCACUCUCUGACGCUGUUCAACAUGAAGAUCCAUCCAAACAGGAUGAGCGGUCAAUUGAAAACCGAAAGUGCCACGACGACACUAUAAUUGAUGUACUUGCGUAAAGUUUUGUGUUUAAAAUUUUAUCUCUAAGUGAAUAAAAUUAUCUUUGUAAGUAAGUUGAAACUAUAUGUACUCUUCCAAAAUUCCGUAUAAUAAACCAAAAGUAUAGCUA